GACUUCCGAAAGGUUUAAAACCCUUGGAAGUAGAUGACCAGGAAGGUCGUAUCAUCCUUCUUCCUCCCCCUUCCUUCACCUUUCCCCAACUUGUAUUAACACCACUUUUUUUUCACGCGGGGUUGUAUUAUGAGCACGGCUAGCCUUACCCCUGUGGCUUUCGGUCGCUGCUUCGUCCUUCAGCUCUCCCUUGACGAUGUUUCAUGCUUUGCAUUUGUACGGCGUUCUAGCGACUCGGUUACAUACUACCUUGCUGCUUCUUCACAAAGUUCUACCUUUUAUGUCCCGUUUUGUUUGCAAUUAGAUAAGUCGCACACCGCAAAUCAAGGGGGCGGUACUGUGCGCUGGUCGAAUGGUUGCCUCCUACUAAUUAUUGGCUUGGCGUUCUCACCGAGGCUGGUCUGUCCAACUGGACUGAGACCUUGGCCGGUUCCUGUUUCGAAAGAAACGAGGAAGAUAGGUUGAGACAAAAAAAAAUUCCUUUUUAGCUUUUUUUACUUUUUUUUUUUUUUAUCUACCUCACCAAAAGA